CUCUUCUUCUUAAGAACCAGUAAUCUCUCUCUCUCUCUCUCUCUCAAACUCAAAAGUCUAAAUUAAUUAUCAGAACAAAGCGGUGAAAGAGAUCGGCAGCAGAUCAGACUGAAGAGUGAUAGAAAAUAAGAGAGAAAGGAAAGAUGGGAAGAGCUCCAUGUUGUGCAAAAGUAGGGUUACACAAAGGUCCAUGGACUCCUAAAGAAGAUGCAUUGCUCACUAAGUAUAUUCAAGCUCAUGGCGAGGGUCAAUGGAAAUCUCUUCCUAAAAAAGCUGGGCUUUUGAGAUGCGGGAAAAGUUGCAGGCUGAGAUGGAUGAACUAUCUGAGACCAGACAUAAAGAGAGGAAACAUAAGUCCGGAGGAAGAUGACCUCAUCAUCAGAAUGCAUUCUCUGAUCGGAAACCGGUGGUCUCUCAUCGCCGGCCGGUUACCAGGACGAACAGAUAACGAAAUCAAGAACUACUGGAACACUCAUCUCAGCAAAAGAGUCAAAGCGCAGCAGUUAGGACCUGAUCAUCAACCCAGAGACAACGCCGACAAGACGAAAAAGAAGAAAAAGAAGAAGCCCGCGAAAAAUAACAGUAAGGACAAAUCCAACAGUGACAAUAAUGAGGAGGAGGAAGAGAAGAAGACAAAGAUAUAUCUUCCGAAACCAAUUAGGGUUAGGGCUCUGCGUAUAAGCAGGAACGACGAAGAUUCCAAGAACGGUUCUUGUACUUCAGGAAGUGGAUCUUCAAGCCAAGAACUAGUGCAGAAGCAAGAUAUGAUGGAUGUGAUGAGUUAUGAGCCAUGGGGUGAAAAUGACGUGUUUGGUUUCUUUGCGGAGGAAGGUCAAAAUAUUGAGAGAGUCAACGGCUCAAUAUCAGAAGAAAAUAUUAAUAAUAAUGAAAUGGAAUGCGAGUCACUGGAGAGGCUGUACGAGGAGUAUUUGCAGCUCUUAAAGGAUGAUAUUAGUGACGAAAAGCAAGGGGAAUUGGAUUCUUUUGCUCAAUCUUUGUUUGUCUGAUAAUAAUAAUGAAGAUUAUUUUGUUAAUAUACGUGUUUAGAAUACAAGAUUAUAUUAUUAGGAAUAAGAAUUUUUGACCUAGCUCUUUAAUUUGCGUGUAAAUAUUGAUCACAUCUCUCUUUUGCCAUCUAUUGAUUAACACAUCUUU